UUGAAUGUAGGAAGCUGUAUAUUCACAGCUGUUUACGAUGGAUAAAUACUUAAUGCGACUAGUGAGAUUGCUACGUACUGCCAAGAUGAGCUUUUUUUCGGUCCUCUGUGUUGCGUUUAUCCUCGCCGGAGGUCUCCUUGUCCAAGGGAAUACAUGUAACGAUCGUGGGAGCCCGAAAAAUGGAGCUCUUCAUUGCAUAAGGUUCGCGCCAUCGAAGAUUUGCCAAGUUCAGUGCGCAAAGGGCUACAAGUUCGCGAGUCCAGCCGCGCAUACAUACGUGUGUAAUCUCAUGACUGGCACGUGGGUAGCUUUUCCUUCAUCAGCGAGUGACCAAUGGCCUGAUUGCAUUUUAGACCAGUGAGAAAAUGUACUCAUCAAGAAUUUAGGUCAAUUGAAACCAGAUUUAUGCAACAUCAAGUAAAGAUUAGAUAGACCUGGACUCCAAGUUUUUAUUCUCCUUAUCAUAUAAGAUUUGUACCACAAUAAAACGAAACAUGCUGA